AGCCCCCGCAGCCAGAGGACCCGAGGCGGCGGCGCGGCCCAGCCGCGCGAGGUCGGCGGCCGCGCGCAGCCCACUCCAGCGUGCCUCCAUGACAUUGGGCGCCCGGGGCGCGGGGAGAUGCUAAUCCGGAAGAGGCAAUGGCUGCAGUGCCGCGCGCGCGGCCGCUCCCGGCCAGCCGCCCGGCCUGGGCUGCUCUGUCAGAGUCUCUGAUCUAGCGCGACCCGGGCCCGGAGCCUGUAGCAGCGGCGGCGGCAGCAGCGGCAGCGGCGGCAGCGGCGGCGGCGGCGGCGGCGGCGGCGGCGGCGACGCCGGCAUCGACCUAACUUGCACGCGCGGAGUGACCCCAGACAUUUCACUAAAAUGAGCGUGCUUAGCAGGAAGAGAUGUGUUCCUUACACUAGAAAUUACCCCGUCACAUGUAGUGGUGUCCCAAUUAAUGGAUUCUGACAUGGAUUAUGAAAGGCCAAACGUAGAGACCAUCAAGUGCGUUGUGGUGGGAGACAACGCGGUGGGCAAGACCAGGCUCAUCUGUGCCCGGGCCUGCAAUGCUACCCUCACCCAGUACCAGCUGCUCGCCACCCAUGUGCCCACGGUUUGGGCCAUCGACCAGUAUCGGGUGUGCCAGGAGGUGCUGGAACGUUCCAGAGAUGUGGUAGAUGAUGUCAGCGUCUCCCUCCGCCUCUGGGACACCUUUGGAGACCACCACAAAGACCGUCGCUUUGCUUAUGGGAGAUCCGAUGUGGUGGUUCUGUGCUUCUCCAUUGCCAACCCCAAUUCCCUCCACCAUGUCAAGACCAUGUGGUACCCAGAAAUCAAGCACUUCUGCCCCCGAGCACCUGUCAUCUUGGUUGGGUGCCAGCUGGACCUGCGCUAUGCGGACCUGGAGGCUGUCAAUAGGGCCAGGCGACCCUUGGCUAGGCCCAUCAAGCCCAAUGAGAUCCUUCCCCCAGAGAAGGGUCGGGAGGUGGCCAAGGAGCUGGGCAUCCCCUACUAUGAGACCAGCGUGGUGGCCCAGUUUGGCAUCAAGGACGUCUUUGACAAUGCCAUCCGCGCCGCGCUCAUCUCCCGCCGCCACCUGCAGUUCUGGAAAUCCCACCUCCGCAACGUGCAGCGGCCUCUGCUGCAGGCGCCCUUCUUGCCUCCCAAGCCGCCUCCCCCCAUCAUCGUGGUGCCCGACCCCCCCUCCAGCAGCGAGGAGUGCCCCGCCCACCUCCUGGAGGACCCGCUGUGCGCGGAUGUCAUACUGGUGCUGCAGGAGCGGGUGCGCAUCUUUGCCCACAAGAUCUACCUCUCCACCUCCUCCUCCAAGUUCUACGACCUGUUCCUCAUGGACCUGAGUGAGGGGGAGCUGGGGGACCCCUCGGGGCCCGGGGGCCCCCACCCAGAGGACCACCGGGGUCACCCUGAUCACCACCACCACCAUCACCACCACCACCAUGGCCGGGACUUCCUGCUGCGAGCGGCCAGCUUUGACGUAUGCGAGAGCGUGGAGGAGGGCGGGGGCUCGGGGCCCGCUGGGCUCCGUGCCUCCACCAGCGAUGGGAUCUUACGUGGCAAUGGAACAGGUUAUCUGCCUGGGAGGGGCCGGGUACUAUCUUCCUGGAGCCGAGCUUUUGUGAGCAUCCAGGAGGAAAUGGCAGAAGAUCCUCUGACCUACAAGUCCCGGCUGAUGGUGGUGGUAAAGAUGGACAACUCCAUCCAGCCAGGGCCCUUCCGGGCUGUUCUGAAGUACCUGUACACCGGGGAGCUGGACGAAAAUGAGCGUGACCUCAUGCACAUCGCCCACAUUGCCGAACUUCUUGAGGUCUUUGAUCUGCGCAUGAUGGUGGCCAACAUUCUCAACAACGAGGCCUUCAUGAACCAAGAGAUCACUAAGGCCUUCCAUGUCCGCCGGACCAACCGGGUGAAGGAGUGCUUGGCAAAAGGCACCUUUUCAGAUGUGACCUUCAUCCUGGACGAUGGCACCAUCAGUGCCCAUAAGCCCCUGUUGAUUUCCAGCUGUGACUGGAUGGCUGCCAUGUUUGGGGGACCAUUCGUGGAGAGUUCCACCAGGGAGGUGGUGUUCCCGUACACGAGCAAGAGCUGCAUGAGGGCCGUGCUGGAGUACCUCUACACGGGCAUGUUCACCUCCAGCCCCGACCUGGACGACAUGAAGCUCAUCAUCCUGGCCAACCGCCUCUGCCUGCCACACCUGGUUGCCCUCACAGAGCAGUACACAGUGACCGGGCUGAUGGAAGCAACGCAGAUGAUGGUGGACAUUGACGGGGACGUCCUCGUGUUCCUAGAACUGGCUCAGUUCCACUGUGCAUACCAGUUGGCCGACUGGUGUCUUCACCACAUCUGCACCAACUACAACAACGUGUGCCGCAAGUUCCCCCGAGACAUGAAGGCCAUGUCCCCAGAAAACCAGGAGUACUUUGAGAAGCACCGGUGGCCGCCUGUCUGGUACCUGAAGGAAGAGGAUCACUACCAGCGGGCACGGAAGGAGCGCGAGAAGGAGGACUAUCUCCACCUGAAACGGCAGCCCAAGCGGCGGUGGCUGUUCUGGAACAGUCCCUCCUCUCCGUCCUCUUCUGCAGCCUCCUCGUCAUCCCCAUCUUCUUCCUCGGCUGUGGUCUGAGACGCUGCCACCCUUUUCUGACCCUGCUGCUCUUCCCCCCACUUGCCUUUGCCCCUCUGCUCUUCCGCACCGCCCCUCCACCUUCCAGGGACAAGGGGACCCACGUAACCAGGACCCCAAGGGCAGAGCUGUUCUCACCAGCUGACGUAGCUCAGCGAGAGAGGAGGGGGGCCUUGUGGAUCAGUGCAGGGACCCCCUGCAGGGGACCCCAGUUCCAGAGCGGGGCGGGAGGCUGACAGCUGCAGGGAGGCGGGGGGGCAGGGAGGGCGCAGAAGGUUCUGGCAUGUGACUCUGGUGUGGAGAACACUGGGGUCCAUGGCAGACUCUCCCAGCCAGGAGGCUGUGUGGCUCGGCUUGGUCUGUGGAGACGGCCCCCUCCCAGGGAGUGGCUAUGCACAGGGAGGGUCCUGUCUCUUGGCCACAUUUUUCCAUCCACGGACCUGAGGGUGGCAGAUGUUUUGUGGGGCGCCUACUCAGAUCCUCGCUGGAGAGGUCAGGGUAGAAAUGAAACUUUCAGACCCAACUCGAGGCUUCCACAUCCUGGGGCGAAGCUGCCGAGGCCAUGGGUGGGAAGGCUUGCGCUCGGCGGGCGGCCCUCCCUCCCCCGGGGGUGAGCGUCCAGGCCUGAUCAAGGAUGGCACAGCCUGGUCUGAGCUUUCGGUCUCAGAGCAGUGAGAAACUCCUCCCUCCCCGUGCUUGCGCCACUCAGAUCCAGAGAUGGGAACCGAAGGAGACAGCUGGAACGGGAGGAGAGGAGAAAGUUGGGGGGGUGGUUUCUGGGUGCAGCAACGCCAUGCUCUUCUGGGCUGCUCCCCCUGCCUCUGGUUAGCACGGCUUCUUAGCACGGUGGGGCAAGAUUAGCAAAAACAAACAAACAAACAAACACAGAAAAACCGAAAUCCCAAACAGCAGCAAAAUCAUCCCAACAAAAACAUGUUGGCUUCUAUCCCCUCAAAGAAAAACAACCAUAGAAAAAGACCCUGUAGAGCUUACAAACAGGGGCUUCCAUGUUGAGGAGACAACAGUAGAGACUGUAAAAUAAUUCCAGAGCCUUUGGGAAAGGACUCGUUACCGACUGCAGCUGGGGAUGCACAGGCCUUGCUGGCCGGCUCUGAGGAUGGCACGAGUUCUGAGUGAGCACGCUGGGAUCAAGGCUUCGGGGGCAAGGCCAGGGCUUCUCAGGGCUUGAACGUGGCAUUGGACCCCAGCUUUGCCCAUCAUGAGAAUCACUUCUGGACUUCAGAGAGCGACUUGCCAUUCCCAGAAUGGGGGGGGAGGGGGUCAAAGGUCAGGGGAAAGGGCAACGACUAGGAAGACAGAGGUCCCUGUAAUGAAGGAUCACAGGACAUGAGCUCCCUUAGUGCUGGUUGGCGGGCAGGGGUUGGGCGUGGGGGAGGAAAAGGAGAGAUGUGAGCAGGGGCAAAGAAAAGUCAGCUCCAGGAAGAGGGGAACAAGACUAGAGGAUUGUGGGGGAUAAGACAGCAGCUUGUGACCCCAUGGGGAAAAGCUGGGCCACAUUUUACCUCUCCCGGUUUUGUGAUCCUAACCCAUAUUUCACCCCCCACACGGUUAUGUCAACUUAAAAGCCAGAGUCCCACGGAUGAUGGGUGGAACCCUGGGCUGGGCUCUACCAGCAAGACCCAGGCUUCGGGUCUGGGGUCAGACAAACCCGGAAACAGGAAAAGUUUGCAACAGUUUUGCAGAACAGAGAUCUAGAGAUUCGAUGGUAAGUCCCCGGCGAGAGAAGAAGCAGGAGGUGACAGGCUGGGCAGGUCUGGGGUGGCUGCACCCCCUGAUGUUUGCACCACGGAGUUUUCCAAGGCGGGAAGUGUUUCUCCUUCUGGCCGGCUGGCAGGCCAGACAUGUGCUCCUGCCUGCUGAGUUCUCAUCCUUGGCUUCAUGGCAAGGCUGAGGAACCAACAGGCAAGGGCAGAAGGCCGCUCACAAGGGGGUGCAGCUCUGCACCCAGCACCCUCGCUCUGGGGAAGGGAGCCAGAGUUGGGGCCAUGGUGUCUCCCGGGAACUCCUGGUGAGAGGGAGGGAGAGCAGAAACCUACAGUCCAGGGGAGAGGGGGAAUUGGGGGACUGAGCAGUGUGGCCCCACUGAUGAGGAUGCAGAAAGGCCAAGGGGAGAGUCAGGGUGGUCUAGGAGGUGCAGGGAGCCCAUGGGAGAGGACCCAUAGGACCAUCCCAGCGACCAGAGUGGGCUCACCCCUCAGGGACCCAGUGCCUCUUACUAGCUGCACUCUGGGGGUCCAGCAGGCCCCUGUGCAAGCCAGAGAGACCACCUGAAGAGGCUGUGUGGCAGCCAGGCCAGAGCUGGCGACCUCCCAGGAGAGAAGAAGGAGGAGGGCUGAAUUCCAGUCCCGCAAGAACCUGGCAUUUGGAAAGGCAGGGUGAUAGGAAGGACAAGUCACAAGAACACACACCCCUGUACUCGUGUCACUCAAGCUGCUUCAGAGGAGAGUGGGAGGGUGGAGGAGGAAAAACACACACACCUCUUUUUAUAUAAGGUUUCAUAUUUAAUUUGGUCAUGAA